AUGCGCAAACAACGGAAGUUGAUGAAUUUACAUCAAGCGAUUAAAGAUACGAGUGAAGAAGAUAAUAACAAUGCAGAUGAUACAGAAGAUGUUAGUGAUACAUUUGAUCAAGAAAAUGACAAUUAUGAUAACAACGAUGGUAGUUCUCAUGGGAGUUAUCAUGGUGGCAGUUCCGACGAUGGUCGUUAUGAUGAUAGUGAUGAAGAAAAGAAUGAUAGUAGUGAUGAAAACAAUGAUGAUGGCGAAACUCAACAAGAAGAAGAUCUCUAUUAUAACCCAACAAGCAGAAAAUGGAAACAUUCAAGUGAAGACAACUGA